AUCAUUCAUUUCAUUAAAUUUUAAAUGGCUGAUUCCAAAUUUUGUAACAGACGGAAUCUUUUUAAUUAAAUAAAUCACGUUAGGUUUGUUAUAAAUAUGGAGAUAACACGUACUACCCUUGGAAUUGCAGCUGGAAUAGCUGGAACAUUAUUCCUUGGAUACUGUGUAUAUUUUGAUCAACAACGUCGUAAGGAUCCCCUUUUCAAAAAGAAGUUGAGAGAACGCAGACAGAAGGCACAUCAGAAUUCAUCACGGUCACACACAUUAGGUGGCCCAUUGCCUGACAUGAGUGACCAUGAGGCUAUGCAGAGGUUCUUCUUGCAGCAGAUUCAAUUAGGUGAAGAGCUUUUAGCUGCUGGCGAUCUGGAAGCCGGAGUGGAGCACCUCGGACAAGCUGUUGCGGUAUGUGGUCAGACACAGCAGUUGCUUAGUGUGCUUCAACAAACUAUGCCAGCACCAAUCUUCCAUCUACUCUUGAAGAAGUUGCCCGAGGUGUCUGAGCGUCUCCGAGCAAACAUGAAAGCCAGCGGUAAUGUACUACAAGAGGAGGAUGUAGAAUAAACUGUUGUUUAUGAAGUCUCACACUUCUGUUACAGAGAUGUAGGCCUGUUCCGUUUUUGCGUACAAUUUCAUUAAGAGCCU